AGACGGGCAGACAUCAUUUUCCCUCUCGGCGUCAUUGGAUUAGUGUCCUCACUACGACGACGACGACAAAGAGACGAACGAAUUUCCAAUUUCCCCCACCUUGAAUAGGAAUUAAAAAUCCUCACUUUUCCCUUUAGCCAUGGCCGACACAGCUGUUGACACGACCGCCACUGAAGAGGUUACAGCCAAGAAGGAGCUGAAAGAACAGAAAGAAGUAGCGGAGGAGACUGAGACGAAGAAGACUACGACGACGGCGGCGGACAAGGGGGACGCACCUGCUAAUGGCACAAAUGGUGCUGACCACAGUGAUGACAAAGUUGAUGCUGCAAAGGAAGAGGAGCACAAGAAUGGAGACGGCAGUGCAGAUGAGGCGCCCCCUGCUGAGGAGACAGAUGCACAGCCCGUGAAGCGUGCAGCUGAGGAAGAAGAGGACAAGGCCGAGACCAAAAAACAGAAGACCGAGGAGAACGGAGAUUCAAAAGAGGCGGAAGUGGAGGCUUAAAAUUUCAGGAUACAGCCUACGUCCUCUCUCUGGUCAACAUCGUGUUGUAGAGCUUGUGCUUGUUUUUUUUUUUAUCAUUUUUCUUUUUUUUUUCUGGGUUUUUUUAUUUGCUCCCAUAUCCUCACGUUGCACUGGAGUUAUUGUGAAACAUAAUGGCCCUCUUUUUUUUUAGUUUUCUUCUACCGAAUGUUAUUUAUUGGUCUUUAAAAUGAGCUUGUUUUCCCUUCUGUAAAAACUAGGGCUAUGCUAUAAGAUCAGUUUAUUUUCACUUCAAGCACAAUCUCUAUCAAGUCAGUGCUGACCAGCUGAUGCGUCAACAUUCUUCAGGCAGCUGCUCAUGAUGAUCUCUCAAGAUUCACUUUGAGGACCAAAGAUAAGUUUUAAGCCGGGGAUAAUGUUAAUCAUUUUAAAAAGGACAUUUGUUGAAGCAUAAUCCGUUUGUGUUCGAGCUGCUACUUAAUGCUUGGCUUGGCUGUGCUGUUAACAGUUGGAGCAAAUAUAAAAAGCUUCUCCGUAUGAUUGCUGAAGGCGGGCUUAUCUUUUUUGCAAUGUUAAUUAACCCCUCUUAAAUCUUAACGCUUUGGUCAUUUUCUGUAUGCAUUCCACGCAGGUUUGAACCAUCCACACGUUUUUUGUUUUCCUAAUGAGUUUACAUUUACGGCUGAGUAACUUUGCUUGGUGUCCAAAAACUGCCUCUAAAGAUCCAGGAUGACAUUUCAGUUACUCCAGCCAACUGCUUUGUAUAUUCUGAAAAAAAAUAAAUUGUCUUUUUACUUA